CUGCAGAAGGAGAGAGAGAAGCAAGAAAAGAAGCUGGAGAAGGAGAGGAAGAAGCUAGAGGAGAACGAACGGAAGCAGAGGGAGAGGGAGGCGAAGAUAAAUGCCAAGGAGCAACCACAGCAGAAUGGAGCCGAGGCGACUGGCGAAAAAUCGACGGGAGAACAGACGACUAAAGAAAAUGGAGCUCCGGCCUCUCCGCCUCAGUCCCCGCCUGGAGCAGACGCCGCUGCAGAAACAGCUGCAACAACGAGCACCGUUAACGGCCACCAACGACCCGUGUCCGCCCACUGCUGGCCGGAGAAGGUGAAGGUUGCCGAGCCGCCAGGCCAGAUCACCGGGUUCGGCGAGCCCAUCGCGAUCAUAUUCGACGCCACGCGGGCAGGAGAGGGCCCCAUGAGCGCUUCCUGUACAGGAGCCAGCGUCGGAGCCGUCCCAGUGGCCGUCUCGGAGCCGUGGAGUGCCAUAUUCAACGUUCACUUCACUCCCAACUCUGCAGACGUCUACACGUUGAGCGUCAAGUGGGGAGGCGUUGACAUCGCUGGUUCGCCUUUUACCAUCAACCUCAGUCGUCUCUCUGAUACAAACGGGGGCAGUUGCAGUUGGAUUGCCCCAGCCUGCAAUGCAGGCUGCAGAGGAAAAGAAGAAGGUGGACGAAAGGAGCAAAGGCAGAAGACAGCGGCCUCGUUUAGCUCCGAGGGUAGCUCGGGCUCGCAGCCCUACCCCAGCCAGCAACACAGGGAAACCCCCCCCUCUUCGUCAUACCAACCUGUUCCCGGGGUAACCACGCACGGCGGAGGUGUUCCCGCGGCCAACCAGCCACUCCCACUCCCAAUGGGAUACCCUUCCACCAAGGCGGACGUCAGCUACCUGGAUGAGAUCAACAAGAAGCUACAACAGGCCAAUGAUGGGCUGGGACAAGAGGUGGCUAAUCUAAAGAAGAAGAUGGGAGAGUUUGAGGAGAAGCUCUCCAAUAUCGAGCUGACAAGUCGAGCCGCAGAGGAUGAAAGGAAGGAGCUAAGUGCCAACAUUAGUCUCCGUGGAUGGCUGUACAAGAGAGGGAUAAAGGGUCCCACGGCCAACGUGUGGAGACACAGGUACUUCCGCUGCGACCAGGGGAACAAGAUUUACUACUACAAGUCUGCAGAUGAGCCAACGCCUAAAGGGUGCAUAGAUCUGGAGAAGGUGGAAAGUGUUUCGGAAGUGGAGAGUGAUGCCCAACAAGAGUCGGAAUCGGAGAAGUUCUGUUUCAACCUCGUGGAUUACGGCCAUUCAGUUCCUGAAGAACUGGCAUCAGAAGAACAAAUCUGUCUCUGA